AUGGCCGCACCAUUGACAAGUCUGCCGGGGGUCAAGCUUCCUACUGCCCCUUCGCCAAUUACACCCGAACAACGAUAUUGGAAGGGAUUUCGCUCACAGCAGCUCAUCCCAUCACCAACGAAUUAUCCUAUUACACACAUAUCAUUUCCUCCCUCGCCGACAAACGCUUUACUGCCCUCCAGCAAUGAUCAUUUCUGUGUUACAACUGGUACUCGACUUCAGAUCUAUUCCAUUCGCACACGGAAACUAGUGAAGACUAUUACUCGAUUUUCAGAUGUUGCGCAUAGCGGAGAAAUUCGACGAGAUGGACGUGUUAUGGUGGCAGGUGACGAAACUGGAAAAAUACAAGUCUUUGAUGUCAAUUCAAGAGCUAUUUUGAAAACGUGGGAGGAACAUAAACAGCCAGUUUGGACUACCAAAUUUUCACCAACAGAAAUGACAACUCUCAUGAGUGCUAGUGACGAUCGGACUGUUAAGCUGUGGGAUCUGCCGAGUCAAGAAAGUACGACAACUUUUGUUGGGCAUACAGAUUAUGUUAGAAGUGGUGCUUUCAUGCCUGGAUCGAUGUCCAAUAUGAUUUUGACUGGUAGUUAUGAUGAGACUGUUAGACUUUGGGAUCCUAGAGUUCCAAGUAGAGCAGCGAUGACCUUCAAGCAUGCUGCGCCAGUCGAGACUGUUCUCCCUAUGCCUUCAGGGACAACGGUUCUUGCCGCAGCUGAUAAUCAAAUCUCAGUACUUGACUUGGUCGCUGGAAAGCCAUUGCACAUCAUCAAGAAUCAUCAGAAGACUGUCACUUCAUUGUGCUUGGCAUCAAACGCCACUAGAUUGGUCAGUGGUGGUUUGGACGGCCAUGUUAAGGUUUUCGAGACCACAGGAUGGAAUGUUGUAACUGGGUUAAAAUACUCAUCUCCUGUUUUGUCCGUCAAUGUUGUUUGUUCCGGUGCUAAUCGGGAGGACAAACAUUUGGUUGUGGGUAUGCAAUCUGGGGUCUUGUCUAUCAAAACGCGAUUAUCAGGUCAGCAAAAGGUCAAGGAAAGAGAAAGAGCGAAGGAGAUGCAAGCGUUGCUCGACGGCACAUUAGAAGAAUACGACAAGAAGAACAAGAAAAGGAAAAACACCAGCGGGGUAGAAAAGAGGCUUAGAGGAAUGGACUUUAUGGGCGAAGGGGCAGACGUGGUAAUCGAGGGUAAUGCGCGUUCAACAAAACGAAAGGAGCCGGAAUGGGAGCGUGACCUUCGACAAGGGAAAUAUCAUCAAGCACUAGACUCUGUACUUCAGAAAGGUUUGCCCGCAGUCACUGUUCUUACACUUCUCACAGCCUUACGACACAGAAGUGCCAUGCGAGCGGCCUUCGAGAAGCGCGACGAGACUACGAUACAGCCGAUUUUCAAAUGGGUCUCUAAGCAUAUCACCGACCCUCGAUAUGUUCCUAUGUGUACUGAUGCCGCUAUGUUGCUCUUGGACAUAUAUUCAGAGUAUACAUCCGAUUCGCCAGAAUUAGAACGCCAAAUCAGGGUUUUACAUCGACGUGUGAGAGUGGAGGUGGAAAGGUCACAAAAGGCAAUGCAAGUCAAGGGGAUGCUAGAUUUGCUUAUGGCUGGGGUAAAAUAG